ACGAUUCUUUCAACUCCAUUUCUUACUCAAUAAAUAAGAAGAGCCACCCCUCGUGUGCUCCGCUUCUUUUUACUAUUCUGAAAAGCUUGUUUCUUUCCUCUAUAAAUAUUAAGAACGUCCUCCUCCUUUUGCGAUCACUUCUUCGUUUUCUCUGAGUGAAGAUGGCAACUGUGACUCUUAACUCCCCAUGCAUGGUUAAAGGUGCACCCAAGAUGGGGUUUUCAAGCACCGUUAUCAAGAGUCCAUCAUCACUUGGGUCAGUUAAGAGUGUGUCCAAGUCUUUUGGGCUGAGAUGUUCCCCCAAUUUCAAAGCGUCAAUGGCCGUGUACAAGAUUAAGCUGGUUGGACCGGAGGGUCAAGAGAGUGAGUUUGAAGCCCCUGAUGACACAUACAUUCUAGAUGCAGCUGAGAAUGCUGGAGUUGAGCUGCCAUAUUCUUGUAGAGCUGGGGCUUGCUCUACCUGUGCAGGGAAAAUGGUGUCAGGUUCAGUUGAUCAGUCUGAUGGUUCCUUCCUCGAUGACAGUCAAAUGAAGGAGGGUUAUCUGCUGACAUGCGUUUCAUACCCAACUUCAGACUGUGUGAUUCACACCCAUAAGGAAGGAGACCUUUACUGAGUGUGGUUGAUAUGAGAAAUGAGUAGCUCUUUUGUUUUCCUUAAAUUAUCUAGGAUCAUCAUCAAGAAGUAAUGAAAUUGAGUAUGGCAGGGGCUCUGAUGGACCUUUAGUUGGUGUUUCCGUCUGGUGGCUGUGUUAUGGGAAAUGGAAUCUCAUUUAGUAUUUAAGCUUCAAUUGUGGUUUGUAUGAUAAUGAAUGAGCAUAAAAAUUUGAAAUUGCCCUUGAAAUUGAA